AUGGCUCCUCCCAACCACCAGUUCAUCUCAAAGUCCUCAGAUGUCGUCAGGCGCAGGCUAUCCAGUGCCGUCUCUGGCAGGCGUCCCAGCGUGCCGGGCUACGCCCAUCUCCAGCCGAUGUGGGCGGGCAUAGCGGGCGCCGUCAUCAACAGCAGCACCGCUUUCGAAGUCGCCAUCUCCGUUCACGACUCUGUCUACAACACGGACUUCGCCUCCACCGUCGUCCCCUAUGAUGCGAACGAUCCCGAUGCCCAAUCUACCGCUAUCGAGCAGCAUGUCAUGGAGACGCUGCGAAAGUUCUCCACCGAGCACAUGUGCAAGUUUCUUGGUGCUGGAGUGACUCUCAGCCUGCUCAAGGAGGCUCCGAAUCUGUGCACCCAUCUCUGGCUCGACAUGGACAUCGUCCCCAUCGUGUUCAACAUCAAGCCAUUCCAUACAGAUUCGCUCACGCGCCCGAACAUCAAGCACCGUAUCUCGUCAACAACCGGUUCUUACGUGCCUUCGGGUGCGGAGACCCCCACCGUGUACUACGACCCGUCCCAGCUUCAAGACCACAACAAGCUCACGACCAACGUCAACCAGCGCCUCCCAAUCCCGCGUACGGUCGACGAGCAGGCCGACUCCGCAGCGCGCAAGUGCAUCAUGUACUUCGGUCCAGGGAACAACCCGCGUCUAAGCAUCGCAUCGCGCAACCAGGUGGCCGUCGACUCGGGUGGAAAGAUCCACCUCGUAGACGACAUUGACGAGUACAAGACGACAACGAACAGUAAGGGAACGUGGAACUCUGUGAUCAAACUUGCCGAUGAGCUCCGGGACAAGAAGAUCAAGAUGGGCUUCUUUUCUUCGACGCCCCAAGGCGGGGGUGUCGCGCUCAUGCGUCACGCGCUCAUUCGUUUCCUCACCCUGCUGGACGUGGACGCCGCUUGGUAUGUCCCCAACCCAUCGCCGUCGGUGUUCCGCACGACGAAGAACAACCACAACAUCCUUCAGGGUGUCGCCGAUCCGAACCUGCGCCUCACGAAGGAGGCUAAGGACAAUUUCGAUGCGUGGAUUUUCAAGAACGGCCUGCGGUGGACGGCUGAAGGCGGCCCUCUUGCCCCGGGCGGCGUGGACAUCGCGUUUGUCGAUGACCCACAGAUGCCGGGCCUCAUCCCUCUGAUCAAGCGUGUCCGGCCGGAUCUGCCUAUCAUCUACCGCUCGCAUAUCGAGAUCCGCAGCGACCUGGUGCACAACAAGGGAUCGCCGCAGGAGGAGGUCUGGAAGUACCUGUGGAACAACAUCCAGCAUGCCGACAUGUUCAUCAGCCACCCCGUGAACAAGUUUGUGCCGAGUGACGUCCCGCUGGAGAAGCUUGCGCUCUUGGGUGCCGCAACAGACUGGCUGGAUGGACUGAAUAAGCACCUGGAUCCCUGGGACUCGCAGUACUACAUGGGCGAGUUCCGCAGUCUCUGUGCGAAGGAGAAGAUGCACGAGCUCGCAUGGCCCGCGCGCGAGUACAUCGUGCAGAUCGCACGCUUCGACCCGUCCAAGGGUAUUCCGAACGUCCUCGACUCGUACGCGCGCUUCCGCCGCAUGUGCGCCGAGGGCGAAAACCCCAUCAUGCACGAAGAGAUUCCGCAGCUGCUCGUUUGCGGACAUGGUGCAGUCGAUGACCCCGAUGCCAGCAUCAUCUACGAUCAGAUCAUGUCGCUCGUCAGCACUACGUACAAGGAGUACUUCAAGGAUAUUAUCGUCAUGCGCUGCCCGCCGAGCGAUCAGCUGUUGAACGUGUUGAUGGCGAAUUCCCGAUUUGCUUUGCAGUUGUCGACGCGUGAGGGAUUUGAGGUGAAGGUUUCGGAAGCGCUGCAUGCUGGCAAGCCCGUCAUCGCGAGCCGCACGGGAGGCAUUCCUCUGCAGAUCGAGCACGAGAAGAGCGGGUUCCUGUGCACGCCGGGUGACAACGAUGCGGUCGCGAAGCACAUGUACGCGCUCGCCACGGACGAGGAGCUAUACCAAGAGAUGUCCGAGUACGCGCGCACGCACGUCAGCGACGAGGUCAGCACCGUCGGCAACGCCGCCGCAUGGAUGUACCUCGCGGUCAUGUACUGCAGCCGCGGCGUCAAUCUACACCCCAAGGGCGCGUGGAUCAACGACCUCAUGAGGACAGAGAUGGGUGAACCCUACAUCCCUGGUGAGCCCCGUCUGCCCCGCGGAGAUAUCCAUGUACAAGGAUGA